CCAACACUCCAAGUCUGAAAAAUACAACUCGACACAGCCAUGGCUCAUACUACCAUGAAGCCUAUAUUUUCCAUGCUCCAGCUGCUUCUAACCGUAGGUCUUAGCCACAACCUUCUAGCCUCCGGUCUCGGAGGCGACCACGAGCAGUUCGUCUACACCGGCUUCACCGGCAGCAAGCUCAUCCUCGACGGUGCAGCCACUAUCACGACGGCAGGCCUAGUCAAGUUGACCAACGAGACGUUCAGGAUCAAGGGCCACGCGUUCCACCCGGUACCGGCACGCUUCCGUGAAUCCUCCAGUGGCGCGGUGCAAUCCUUUUCUGUCUCCUUUGUGUUCGGCAUCCUGUCCUCGUUCGGCGACGUCAGGGGCCACGGCUUCGCCUUCUUCAUCGCCCCGAGCACCGAUCUUUCUACUGCUUUCCCGAUCCAGUUCUUGGGCCUUGUCAAUGACACCAACAAUGGCAGCGUGAGCAACCACCUCUUCGCUGUAGAGCUCGACACCAUCCUGAACACCGAGUUCGGGGACAUUGACAACAACCAUGUUGGCAUCGAUGUCAACAGCCUCAACUCGGUGCGAUCUUCCACUGCUGGCUUCUACGAUGAUAGUAAGAGUGGCACGUUCACAAAUUUGUCCCUGAUUGGAAGUGGACCAAUGCAAAUUUGGGUGGACUAUGAUGGGAACUCCACACAAAUCAAUGUGACCUUAGCUCCUCUUGGUGUCGCAAAACCUGUGAGGCCACUCCUGUCAACAAGCUAUGACCUCUCAGGUGUGCUAACAGAGCAAGCAUACCUUGGCUUCUCAUCCUCAACAGGCUUGACCACAGGGCAUCACUAUGUGCUUGGUUGGAGCUUUGCCAUGAAUGGUGCUGCUCCAACUAUAGAUCCCACCAAACUGCCCAAAUUGCCUCAUCUUGGUCCGAAACCUCGAUCCAAACUUUUAGAGAUCGUCCUGCCAAUAGCUUCGGCGCUGUUUGUGUUGGUUAUAGGUAUUUUGGCUGUUCUAAUGGUGAGGAGACAUUUUAGGUAUAAGGAGGUUCGCGAAGAUUGGGAAGUUGAGUACGGUCCGCACCGGUUUUCUUACAAGGACUUGUUCCAUGCCACCAAAGGAUUUAAGGACAAACGUUUGAUAGGUGUUGGUGGGUUUGGAAGGGUAUACAGAGGGGUGCUUCCAACAUCUAAGUCAGAGGUCGCUGUGAAGAGGGUGUCAUAUGACUCGAAGCAGGGUGUAAAGGAAUUCAUCGCUGAAGUUGUAAGCAUUGGUCGUCUUCAGCACCGUAAUGUCGUGAAAUUGCUUGGGUACUGCAGGCGAAAAGGUGAGCUUCUUCUGGUAUAUGAAUACAUGGCUAAUGGAAGUCUUGACAAACACUUGUACGGUGAAGAGGGCAAGGCCACUUUGGAUUGGGGGCAGAGGUUUCGAAUUGUCAAAGAGAUCGCAUUGGGUUUGCUCUAUCUCCAUGAGGAAUGGGAUAAAGUUGUCAUCCAUCGGGAUGUCAAGGCAAGCAAUGUGCUUCUUGAUGGAGAGAUGAAUGGACGAUUAGGAGAUUUCGGCCUUGCAAGGUUGUACGACCAUGGCACCGACCCGCAAACCACACACGUCGUUGGCACAAUAGGAUACCUAGCUCCAGAGCUAGUACGUAGAGGCAAGGCAACCACUCUUACCGAUGUAUAUUCUUUUGGUAUCUUCAUACUUGAGAUUACCUGUGGACAGAAGCCUAUCAAGGAGGACCCUCAAGGCAAUCAACUCCUCCUGGUUGAUUGGGUGAUACAUAAUUGGCACAAAGGCUCACUUCUUGAUGCAGUGGACACGAAGCUCCAAGGAAGUUAUCAUCUCGGUGAGACAGGCCUUGCGCUCAAGCUAGGGUUGCUGUGCUCACACCCAUUUCCUAAUGCAAGGCCCACUAUGCGGCAAGUUAUGCAGUACCUCGACGGUGAUUUGCCGCUGCCAGAGCUACUGCCGGCACACUUCAGCUUUGGCAUGUUGUCCUUGAUGCAGAAUGAAGGCCAGCAUCUAUCCUUGCUUUUGCACCUCCUCCUCUCUCUGGCCUUAAAUCAUGCAUCCUUCGCCACUGCCAACAAUGAUCAAUUUGUCUACUCUGGCUUCUCUAGCAAUGACCUCACCCUCGAUGGUGCAGCCACGGUUACACCAGAUGGUGUUCUUCAACUGACCAACGGCACGGUUCACCUCAAGGGCCACGCCUUCUACCCAACUCCAUGGCAAUUCCGCAAGUCACCGAAUGAGGUAGUGCAUUCCUUCUCAAUCACCUUUGUGUUCGGCAUGGUCCCUGUCUACUCCGAUCAAUGUACCGAUGGCAUGACUUUCCUGAUCUCUCCGAGCAAGGAUUUCUCAGGUGCACAAACCUCACAAUACUUGGGCCUCCUCAAUAAAACAGCUGAUGGAAAAUCAAGCAACCACAUAUUUGCAGUUGAGCUUGAUAGUAGCCAAAAUACAGAGUUCAAGGACAUCAAUGACAACCACGUCGGCAUCAACAUCAAUAGUCUCACCUCAGUUAAAGCCCAGCCAGCUGGCUUCUAUGAUGACAAGAAUGGUGUCUUUAAUAACUUAUUCCUCGUCAGCCGCAAGGAAAUGCAAGUAUGGGUGGACUAUGAUGCAGAUAACACACGGAUCAGUGUGACCAUGGCCCCCCUCAAGGUAGCUAAACCGUUGAGGCCACUAGUCUCAGAUAUCUACAACCUCUCAACGGUGCUACAAGAUCCAUCCUACAUCGGCUUCUCUGCUUCAACUGGUCCAAUCGACUCACUCUAUUGUGUGCUUGGCUGGAGCUUGGGUAUAAAUCGCCCUGCUCCAGCCAUUGACAUCAGCAAGUUGCCAAGGUUACCUCGCAUUGGCACAAAACGUCAGUCGAAAGUGCUGGAGAUCGUCUUACCAAUAGCCAGCGGGACAUUCAUCUUUCUUGUAGGGACAGCUAUAAUUCUACUGGUGCGGAGGCGAAUGAAGUUUGCAGAGCUUCAUGAAGAUUGGGAGGAUGAUUAUGGGCCACACCGCUUCUCAUACAAGGAUUUGUAUGAUGCUACAGAAGGAUUUCAUUAUAAGAAUGUACUUGGCCAUGGGGGAUUUGGGAAGGUGUACAAAGGCGUGCUUCCGGUCUCUAAAUUGGAGGUUGCCGUGAAGAGGGUGUCACAUGAGUCCAAGCAAGGAAUAAAAGAGUUUAUUGCUGAGAUUGUUAGUAUCGGUCGUCUCCGCCAUCGAAACAUCGUCCAGUUACUUGGUUAUUGUAGGAGAAGAGGUGAACUCCUAUUGGUAUAUGACUAUAUGUCAAAUGGCAGUCUUGACAAGUAUUUAUAUAGUGAUGAGGGUAAAGAUACUCUAGAAUGGUCUCAGAGGUUUGAAAUCAUCAAGGGUGUUGCAUCUGGCUUAUUCUAUCUCCAUGAGAGAUGGGAGAAAGUUGUAAUCCACCGAGACAUCAAAGCAAGCAAUGUGCUCCUUGACAAUGAAAUGAAUGGUCGGCUAGGUGACUUUGGCCUUGCAAGGUUGUAUGACCAUGGCACUGACCCACAAACAACACGGGUUGUUGGCACAAUGGGAUAUUUUGCUCCAGAACUGGCGCGCACUGGUAAGGCGACACCUCUAACUGAUGUGUAUGCAUUUGGCAUUUUCAUUGUUGAAGUAACGUGUGGACGAAGGCCUAUCGACAAUCUGGUGGAGGAUAGUUCAGAGAUACUAAUCGACUGGGUUGUCGAGCAUUGGCACAGAGGAUCACUCAUAGACACACUGGACAGGAGGAUACAAGGCAAUUAUGACGCUGAUGAGGUAUGUCUGGUGUUAAAGCUAGGGUUGCUGUGCGCACAUCCAUUUAGCAAUGCAAGGCCCAGUAUGCGGCAAGUUAUGCAAUACCUGGACGGUGAGAGACCACUCCCAGAGUUGAUGCCAACAAACUUAAGCUAUAGCAUGUUGGCCGCAAUGCAUAACGAAGGUUUCAGUCAGUACACAUCAUUGGCUUUCACAGGUGGAAGCAAUGCAAUGACGUCCAGCUUCUCAAGUGGAAGAUGAUGCAGAGAUAUAUGGGAUUCCCAGGCAAGACGCACCUUUCGUGGC